UGUAGUAAAGGUGGAAGGUGAAUUCAAAUUGGAGAAGGAGGUCAGAAGUACCAUACCAUCUCGAAUGAAGCGUUUCUCAACUUUAGAGGUAAAAAUGGGCAAGUCUCUUACUGUGCGAGGCCACACCAUAGUUCUCACAAAUCAAAAGCCCUCUAUUGUCCAAAAUGAAGGGUCAGAUGAAGAAACGGCCGCCUCCUGCAAUCAUGUCACGGUUUGUGAAGCUGAAGGCCAAGAUGAGGAAGUGGAAACGGCCGAGGCCCCGAAAACACUCGAAGAUGGAGGUCAGUCCACAGUCGAUGAUCUAAAAGAGUUGAGUCUUGGCACUCCAGAUGAGCCACGGCCAAUUUUUGUCAGUGCAUUGCUCACCCACGCAGAAGAAAAAAGCGUAUCUUGAGCUACUCAUGGAGUAUAAAGAUGUCUUUGCAUGGAGCUAUAAAGAGAUGCCCGGGUUAGAUCCAAGAGUGGUAGUACAUCGUUUAGCCAUAAAGAAAGGGGUUUCAUCAAAGAAGCAGCCUCAAAGACGCUUUCGACCUGAGUUAAUACCUGAAAUUGAAAAUGAAGUUAAUAAGCUCAUCGAUGCAGGUUUCAUUCGUGAAGUCAAAUAUCCUACAUGGAUCGCAAAUAUUGUCCCUGUGAGGAAGAAAAAUGGUCAGUUGCGUGUAUGCGUAGAUUUCAGGGACCUGAAUGAUGCGUGUCCCAAGGAUGAUUUCCCGUUGCCAGUCACUGAAAUAAUGAUUGAUGCUACGACCGGUCAUGAAGCCUUGUCUUUCAUGGAUUGCACUGCAGGAUAUAAUCAGAUCCUGAUGGCACCAGAAGAUCAAGAAGCAACAGCUUUUCGCACACCAAAAGGCAUAUUCUGCUAUAAGGUGAUGCCCUUUGGCUUAAAAAAUGCAGGAGCCACCUAUCAACGUGCAAUGCAAAAGAUCUUUGAAGACAUGAUGCACAAGACGGUUGAGUGCUAUGUUGAUGAUCUUGUUGUCAAAUCAAAGAAGCGAGGCGAUCAUUUACUUCACUUGCGUAACGUGUUUGAGAAAUUGCGUAGGUAUCAGUUGAAGAUGAAUCCUAUGAAGUGCGCAUUUGGGGUCACCUCUGGAAAGUUCUUGGGAUUUGUUGUGAGACAUAGGGGAAUUGAGAUUGACCAAUCCAAGAUCAUAGCAAUCCAAGACAUGCCACCUCCACGAAACCUUAGAGAAUUACGCGGACUCCAAGGAAGACUAGCCUACAUCCGACGCUUCAUCUCAAACCUAGCUGGGCGAUGCCAUCCCUUCAGUCAUCUUAUGAAGAAAGGUGCUCCAUUCGAAUGGGACGAGUCAUGUCACAGGGCCUUCGAAAGCAUCAAGAAGUACUUAUCUACACCUCCAGUCUUGGGGGCACCAGUUCCAGGAAAGCCUCUAAUUCUCUACAUCGCAGCUCAAGAAAGAUCAUUGGGGGCAUUAUGUGCACAAGAAAACAAUGAAGGUAAAGAGAAAGUAUACUACCUUAGUCGAACAUUAGUGGGCGCAGAACUGAAUUAUUCUCCCAUUGAAAAGAUGUGUUUAGCCUUGAUUUUUGCCAUUCAAAAAUUGAAGCAUUACAUGCAAGCACACACCGUGCGGAAGGCGAUUAAGGGGCAAGCUUUGGCGGAUUUCUUGGCGGAUCAUCCAACCCCGUCAGAUUGGGAACUCUCAGACGAUUUACCUGGAGAAGAAGUCUUCUAUAUCGACAUCUUGCCACCAUGGGAAAUGUACUUUGAUGGCGCUGCGCGACAAGAUGGUGCUGGCGCUGGAGUGAUUCUUAUUUCACCUGAAAAACAUAUCCUCACGUACUCCUUUGUUCUUACCGAGCUUUGUUCCAAUAAUGUCGCUGAGUACCAGGCGCUUAUUUUUGGACUUCAAAUGGCCAAAGAAAUGGAGAUCCAGGACCUGGAUGUUAUGGAGAUUCCAAAUUGGUGA